GACGGAAAGCUAAAUACAAUUCCGGAUCCAGUUACCCGUUCAGCAUUGGAAAUCCCCCGCGUCAUUAAGCAGACGAUCAUCUUUCGGAAACGUUUUGCAUCAUUGCAGGAGUGCCUCGUCCCAAGGAAAGAAUAUGUCAAUGCCCUCUCAUCAAAACAUAAUAUUACCGACCCCUGAUCAUAUCCAUCUUUAAGAAGGCAACGUACCCCUUCUCGCCAUUUGUUACCAUACACCCCCGGUCGAACGAUUUCAGUCAUUGCAAAGUCCCCUUUUGGAAUUCCUCUUCUUUAAAUUUCGGAACGAUAACGGCAAACUCCAAAGAUAGUUCUGGAAUUUUCUCGGAUUUGAUCAACAGAUACACGUCCCUUCGGAUCCCAGAUACCGGGCAAUAUCAUACGAAGUAUUCGGGUGGAACUUUCAACAAGUGGAUCCGGAACUUACAGUUCACAUUGGAAUUCGGACUUGGUUGGACCCACUAUAGUUAAAGGGAUUCCUGCGAUAUACUGAGCUACUGAACCCAUCAAUUCACGAGUCUGCUACCGGUACAUUUCCACCUUUGUCAUUUCAACACUUCCUACCAAGCAUCAUCCCUGGUCUAUAGCAACUAUACACGUACCUAUCUUUUGGAAAUUUUCAGAUCAGCCCAUCAGUCAUGCUUGCAAAAGCCCAGUCACAACCUGCCUGUUUGGCAGAUAUUACCGAAGCCAGAUUUCACCCAGACGCGGAUCGCCUUCGUGCUGAACUAAACAAAUAUAUUUUGGAUAAUUGGCCUUUUCCUAACGAGAAGGCAAGACAGAAGUUUGUAAAGCAGGAUAUUACAGGAUGUACCUACCACUUAUACCCCGAGAUUCCAUCUGAACGAGCUUUCUACGCUGGUAUGAUGAUAGCAAUGGGAUUUUUAAACGAUGGUAAGUACCAAUAAGAAACAGUAAAUUCGGGUAGCUAAGAACGAGCUUACUAAGUCAAUCACAGACUGUCUGGAUGAUCUUUCUCUGGAAGAAGGUCGCGCCUACCUGGAUCGAUUACCAUCCAUCGUCCGUGGACAAACACUUCCAGACCGGAGUAUACCUCGAGAAUACAUGUUCUACGAUACAUUCGAAGGCAUGCGUGCAACCAAUGAAAAGCUCGCCAAUCAAGUAGUAGAAGCCUACAUCGAGUUCUGGUGCGCCCAAGUAAACUCAACGCGUCUAUCAAACUUGGGAUUAAAAUCCUACCUUGAGUUGAGAAGAAGUGACGUUGGCAGCAAGUAUGUGUUUCCCCCCCUAAAUCAGAUAAGCCAGGAUGGGCAGCAUGUGACUUUCCUGAAUUUGAGAUUAAUGUAGAAAAACAGCUACGCAAACAGCACCAUGGCAUUCGGUCUGAACAUCGAUCUCACGCCCACAGAACUCUCCAGAAUCACCGAGAUCGAGAAGCUACAAGCCUACCACCUGCUCGUAGUAAACGACUAUUACUCCUUCGAAAAGGAACUCCUCGACUCGCAAACCAAGCAUGAAGAAGGCGCAAAACUAUUCAACGUCGUUGCAGUUCUCGCGAAUGAAAUCGACGUCAGCUAUGCCUCGUCAAAAGCCAUCAUCGACGUCAUGCUGAGAAAGUGGGAAGAGGAAUGCAGGGUGAUGGUUAAGGCCAUUGAGAAUAGAGGAGAAUGUACCGAGGCCAUGGCGAAGUAUCUGAGAGGGAAGGAGUUGAUGAAUCUGGGGAAUGUGGUAUGGAGUGCGACUACGAGGAGGUAUGUUGGCUUUGAGAAGCUGCUUUGACAGACAGGAGUAUUCUUUUGAAAUGGUGAACAUAAAGGUUCUUAUUAAUCAUAUGAGCGAUUUUUGGCGUUGGUGGUUUACAUCUAGAGAAUGAACCCGCAAAUGUAAGAAGGGAUUUAGGAUACUAGAGGUGCUUCGAGCAAUGGGCAGACGAGGAGGCCCGAUGGCUAUCUAUUGGCAGUGGAAACUAGGGCGAGCUGGUAUGGUUCCUGAGGCUGACAGGAGUAUGGAUGCGAGCAAUAGAGUCCAGCAACGGGGUCCCUACCUACUUAGCCGCAAACUGUACCUCGAAGAAAGAAAGAUAAGGGCAAGAAAUUUGGACGGAUUCACGAAUUCCUUUUGAAGGUUGUAGGUUCUUGGUUUUGGCCACCGUCAAAUCCGUCACAAGCACAAGCGAGAAGUGGAGCAUGUGUUGGGGGCGAGAGUGGCCAUUUUCAAAGGGUAAUAUUGAGGCAAGAUGAAAUCUAUGCGCUUUGGACGGCAUUUGUAUCAUAUAUAUUUCCAGGGAUAGCCUAGGUAUAGCCUACUACUGCUUCUAGCCCCCGUGGAUAAAUUGUUAUAAACGAUUCCGCGAG